GGUGAUUUGGGUCUUUAGAAACUCAGAUGGCUACACCUUACUUUUUUGUUGGUCAUCACGCCCUGGUUCAGUGCCAAGCUUAUGAGUGACAUUGAAGACUCGGGCGAGGGUUUUUGGGGCCGCACGGAGGAACGAGAGUUCUCGUAUGUGGUGACGAUACCGAGUAGUGGGGAGAAAGUCUCGCUAACGGCGGUGCAGGAUCGAGAUAUAUGCGCUGGUACGCCGGAGUUCCCGUCGCACGGUCAUUGCGUUUGGGACGCCGCGCUACUGCUCGCCGACUAUCUGCAGACCCAAGCCCAGGACGCAAGAGACGAACACCGCUUUAAAGGCAAAAAAGUGGUGGAACUCGGUGCGGGGGUUGGACUUGUUGGGAUGACACUGGCUGUGCUCGGAGCUCAAGUAGCACUAACGGACCAGGAGUACGCGCUGCCUCUGCUGAGCAAAAACGUGGCCGUCAACUUCCUUCUUGAAGGAACGAACAAGUCGGUGGCUACUGCUGUUGCACCGGUAGUGGAAGAGUGUCAAUGGGGAGACAAAUUUAAGCCUGGAGGCUCCUUGACGUCGUGGAAGAAAAGCACUGACCUAAUAGUCUUCUCAGACGUGCUGUAUAAUGCUUCGGCGUCUUUGCUGCUGAUCAAAACGCUGCAUGAAUUAGUGUCGCCGACGACCGAUGUGAUCUUCAGUUUUGAGACGCGAAAUGCGGAGAUUGAAGCAAAUUUCUUGCAGGAACUCGGGAAAAUAUUUGACGUCGAGGAGGUGUCUCGCAAGAAUAACGCUCAGGUUUUUGCCAGAUUCGAGUACUCGGACGAGCUUUCCAUCUAUCACGCGCGCCUUAAAGCUGGCGGUAAUGAGAAUUAGAAUGUUCUUGGAUGUGAUUAUAUUUUCACAAAUUGUACGGUAGCAUGCUGUUCCGCUAUAAUCUUGACAAUGAGACGGAAGGCAUUGGCUCGUUGGUUUGUGGUUCCGGUACCAACUCCUCGAUGCGACUGGGCAACAUCCGCGCUUCGAGUGGUAUAUCCUUGGUUUUCUUGUAGACAUUAUCCAGGAAAGCACACACGGCGUCGCCAUGCGCCAAUGCUCGUGGAGACACCAAGAAAUUGAACAUGUGGCUGGCGUAAGGCACCUUUACGAAGACAUCCUGCACACCACCGAGCUGCUUGUCCUGAUACGACGCAACACUUUGGGGGAGAUUCUGACGAUAGUGGAGCAAGCGAUCGAAGAACAGACGCGAGUCCUUGAACGCCACGGUGUUGUCGUGAGUACCAUGGGUGAUCAGGAAUGGUGGAAUGAUGUCACGUCGACGUGCUGCACGGUCAUCGUCCAAGUAGGCGAUAGGUGACGCGCGCUCGAAGUCCUCGUUGUUGUCUUUUAACUUUUUCUGCAUCACCAAGAACUCGAGGUACUGGACAAGUCCGCGCGUUUUGUCACGAGCGUAGUAGAUUCCAUGUCGAUCUGUAAAGUCGUGUACACCAUAGUUAUCGACAACUGCGCGGACACUUGUGUCUACGUCUUCGAAGCCAGGCUGCAGGGACUUGUCAUCCGCGGUGAGGCCUACCAGACUAGCCAGGUGUCCUCCAGCUGACUCACCGCCAACAGCAAUAAACUCUGGGUUGGCGUUGAACUCAGCUCGUGCGUUUUGGCGAAGGAAAGCUACCGCACGCUUCGAAUCUAUGAG